AUGAGUGACUACCCGCUGAAGGAGAUGUCUGAGAGCAACAGGAGCCCUCUCCUGCCAGAGCCUCUUUCCAGCAGAUACAAACUAUAUGAGUCAGAACUAAGCAGCCCUACCUGGCCUUCCAGCCCCCAGGAUACACACCCAGCCCUUCCCCUGCUGGAAAUGCCUGAAGAAAAGGAUCUCCGACCACCUGAUGAAGACAGCCACAUCGUGAAAAUCCAAAGACCCAAUGAAAGGAGCAAAAGGAGAGAAAGUGAGGUGCCCCACAGGGCUUCCACGGCCCAGGGAGGCUUCAGCUUCUUCCAAACUGUGGGCUAUCUCACUGGUGACAUGAAGGAAUGCAAGAGCUGGCUGAAAGAUAAGCCCCUGGUCCUCCAGUUCCUGGACUGGGUCUUGCGGGGAGCAGCUCAGGUGGUGUUUGUCAACAACCCCCUUAGUGGACUCAUCAUCUUCAUAGGGCUCCUGAUCCAGAAUCCCUGGUGGACAAUUGCUGGGGCCCUGGGGACAGUGGUCUCCACCUUAACUGCCCUUGCCUUAAGCCAGGACAGGUCCACCAUUGCCUCUGGACUCCAUGGCUACAAUGGGAUGCUGGUGGGACUGCUGGUGGCCGUGUACUCAGAGAAGUUAGACUACUACUGGUGGCUUCUGCUUCCUGUGACCUUCGCCUCCAUGGCCUGCCCAGUUAUUUCCAGUGCCUUGAGCAGCAUCUUCACCAAGUGGGACGUGCCAGUCUUCACACUGCCCUUCAAUAUUGUCUUAACGCUGUACCUGGCAGCUACAGGCCACUACAACCUCUUCUUCCCCUCAACGCUUGUCGAACCUGUGACUUCCGUUCCCAAUAUCUCCUGGACAGAGAUUGAAAUGCCUUUGCUGUUACAAACCAUCCCUGUUGGGGUUGGCCAGGUCUACGGCUGUGACAACCCCUGGACAGGUGGCUUGAUCCUGGUGGCCCUGUUUAUCUCCUCCCCACUCAUCUGCUUGCACGCAGCCAUAGGGUCCAUCGUGGGGCUGCUAGCAGCGCUGACUGUGGCCACACCCUUUGAGACCAUCUACAUGGGCCUUUGGAGCUACAACUGUGUCCUCUCCUGUAUCGCUAUUGGAGGCAUGUUCUACGCCCUCACCUGGCAGACGCAUGUGCUGGCACUUGUCUGUGCCCUGUUCUGUGCAUAUAUGGGAGCGGCCAUCUCCAACAUGAUGGCAGUGGUUGGCGUGCCACCAGGCACCUGGGCCUUCUGCCUCUCCACACUCACCUUCCUUCUCCUGACGAGCAACAACCCUGGCAUCUACAAGCUCCCACUCAGCAAAGUCACCUACCCCGAGGCCAACCGCAUCUACUUCCUGACCCUGAAGAGCAAUGAAGAAGAGAAGUCCCCCAAUGGUGGCAGGGGAGAGCAGUCCCCCGGAGCAGGCCAGUGGAAGGCAGAGGAGGGCUCCGAGACUGUGCUCCUGAGACGGAGGAGUGUGUUCCACAUCGAGUGGUCGUCCAUCCGGAGGAGGAGCAAAGUGUUUGGAAAAGGAGAACACCAAGAGAGACAAACCAAAGAGCCGCUUCCCUACCCAUACCAGAAGCCUGCAGUGGAGUUGCUCGAUAUGGACACCAUGGAGGAGAGCUCUGAGAUAAAGGUGGAAGCCAACACGGCCAGGACUUCCUGGAUUCAGAGCUUUAUGGCCGCUGCAGGGAAGCGAGUUAGCAAAUCCUUGAGCUACAUCACUGGAGAAAUGAAGGAAUGCGGAGAGAGACUUAAAGACAAAUCUCCCGUGUUCCAGUUUCUUGACUGGGUGCUCCGAGGCCUGUCCCAGGUGAUGUUUGUGAACAACCCUCUCAGCGGCCUCCUCAUUGCCCUGGGCCUCUUCGUGCAGAAUCCCUGGUGGGCCAUCUCGGGCUGCGUGGGCAUAAUUGCGUCCACCUUGACCGCCCUCAUCCUGAGCCAGGACAAGUCGGCCAUUGCAGCAGGACUCCACGGCUACAAUGGGGUGCUUGUGGGACUCCUGAUGGCCGUGUUCUCAGACAAGGGCAACUAUUACUGGUGGCUGCUGCUCCCUGUCACCGUUAUGUCCAUGACUUGCCCCAUCCUGUCCAGUGCCCUGAGCACCAUCUUCAGCAAGUGGGACCUCCCAGUCUUCACACUGCCCUUCAACAUCGCUGUGACCCUGUACCUGGCAGCCACAGGCCACUACAACCUCUUCUUCCCCACGACACUGUUACAGCCUGCAGCCGCCACACCCAACAUCACCUGGUCAAGCAUCCAAGUGCCUUUGCUCCUGAGAGCCAUCCCGGUUGGGAUCGGCCAAGUGUAUGGCUGUGACAAUCCCUGGACCGGAGGAAUCUUUCUCAUAGCUCUGCUCAUAGCCUCACCUCUCAUCUGCUUGCACGCAGCCAUCGGAUCCACCAUCGGGAUGCUCGCAGCACUCAGCAUCGCCACGCCUUUUGACUCCAUCUACUUCGGCCUCUGCGGCUUCAACAGCACUCUGGCCUGCAUCGCCAUCGGAGGCAUGUUCUACGUCAUUACCUGGCAGACCCACCUGCUCGCCAUUGCCUGUGCGCUGUUCUCAGCCUAUCUUGGUGCCGCCCUCGCUAACGUGCUGUCUGUGUUUGGAUUACCACCCUGCACCUGGCCCUUCUGCCUCUCAGCGCUCACCUUUCUUCUCCUGACAACCAACAACCCUGCCAUCUACAAGCUCCCGCUCAGCAAAGUCACCUACCCAGAGGCCAACCGCAUCUACUUCCUGACCCAGGAGAAAAACAGAAGGGCAUCGACGAUAACCAAGUACCAGGCCUACGACGUCUCCUAAGCUGCCCUUUCGAAAGCAUGUCACAUAAAUGCAGCCUCCAGCACACAGCCUGCACCCUCCCUUCUAUCUGAUGUGCACGUGGUCACCAGCUGGGACACUGCCCACCCCACCACCCUUGCUAAGAUCCCCAGUACUCAUCAAAGCCUUGUUAGUUUAGACAAACACCACCGAUGAUUCUUUGGGAACUCUCUUUGGGGGGGAACUUACAGUCACCCCCUUCAGUUACUUAGUGGAGCAAAGAAUGAAUCCAGGAAAUGUUUAUUAGCCUGCAAGGCAAGAGGGCCUGGCCCUACCUGCUCUGCUACUAACGGGGUCCUACUGCCUGAACCAGUCCUUGUCCAAUCUCAGUCUGUUUCCUCAUUGCCAGAGAUUUCUUUAUGACAAGGAAGGACACCAAAGUCUUUCUACCUGCAAAAUGUUUAUUCUUUUCCAUCUCCUGUGAACUAAUCAACUAGGCAUGAGCAGCAAGGAAUUGUCCCGAGCUGAGUUAAUUAUGUGAGGGCUCCCAGCAGAGAGAGAGGAUAGUGUUCUUGUGGAAGUUUGGUCUUGGCCAUGGGAGAUGCUCUCCAAACGUGGGGCUAGCAACUUGAAUUCAUUGAAGAUGCCAGUGUGCCUUCUUUACACCAGAGAAAUAUU